GCGGGUCGCAUGUGCUCGCCCGUAAACGCAACUGCGAACGUCCCGCGCAAGCGCGUGGUGGUGGCGGUGGAGGAUACCUGUGCGCGGCGGCAAACCGGUUGCCCUCGCCGACGACCCACGCACCGUUUCGUAGUCGGCGGUGUGUGCGUGUGCGUGCGUGUGUUGCGAGCGCGCGCGCUGUACGCCUCCGCACGCAGUCGUCGUCGGCGGCGGAAGCCGAGGGGCGCGUACAGCAGUCGGCAGCCGCCUAUUCUGCUACGCGCCCGCGCCCCGAACACGACGAAGACGACGACAACGACGACGAGCAUCGCGGCGAGGCGAACACCCGUUGCCGCCGCGGCCACCCGAUAAGAGUGUGUGUAGGCUACUUGUGUGAGUCGGCCACCCGCAUCACGCAAACUGCAGGACAAGCUCUGGGUUGCAGCCUCCGGUGCUAGAUCUCUGUGCUCCUCCUAUAUACCUGUGGGCUUCUCGAAUUCGGACCGUCGGUUCGCUCGUCAGAACAGCGGCAUCGAGUCGACUUGGUGUAUAGACCCACCCGCGUCACUUUUAAACCUCCGGGGCCCCCCGUGCAAACCACCACCGCAGUUUAUCUUUCUUGUGGUCUCCCGGAAAGCGUGUAUUUCGGUUCAGCUGCAGAGGCAUCUGUCGCUGAGGGGGCGGCGAAGUUCUGUGUGCUCGUGCUCACUCGUUUUGCUGUGUGGUCCGCACACCGCUUUUUAGCCGCAAACGUGCUUGCUGGAGUGACGUGUGACUGACGGCCGAGGAUCUGGUUCUUCUUUCCUGGAUUGAUUACCCAACGGUACUCGGUGAAGAAGGGAGGAAGCUCUGCUUGGGAGAGCGACGAACAGCUGCCCGGAGGCGACGGGACGACGCAUGAGGCUAGAUCCUGCCUCGUAGACCGAGCUAGAGGCAGCUUCGACCAGCAGGAGAGGCAACGAGCGUCGCCCAACUCCGUCGCCAGAGGGGGCGACGAUGCCUUCGGACGGCAGCAGCGCCGGCAGCGGCGUUCGCCGGGUCCGGUCGCCGGAGGCCGGAUCCGGAAACCGGGUCGUCACACGCAGGUUCAUCUCCAGUCCCGCACCGCUCGCCGACACCGACGUUAUUUCGAACACAAAGCGAGAGGAAUGGACCACGUCCAAGAAGGUCGUCAACCACAAGACCCGUCAGACCGAGACGAGGGUACAGCGUCAGCUCGUCCUGGAAGACGGCAAGGUGAUCGCAGACACGGGCCCUCAGAUUACGACCAGAACCACAGAGGACAACAAGGUCGAGGAGUCUGAAGACACGCAGCACAAGAAGACGGGCGACGAGGAUGUUCCUGACGGCUACGUGCCAGUGCCGGGUUCCGAGCGCGUGGUGUGCGAGAAGACCGAGUCGCACCAGGUCACCAAGGAGACCAAGGAGGAGAACAUGAAGAUGCACGACGAAAACUUCAAGGAACUGCGCGGACCGGAGGAGAUCCACCGACUGGCCGUGAUGGUGCCGGACGAGUCCCCAUUGGUAGGAAUCCGGCCGGAUCGGUUCCCGGGCAAGCUGACGCACUACAGCAGCCGCUCACGGAAGGUCACCGACAAGGACGAAGUGAAGGAGAUCUCCGAGGAGCGCAACGGAGAGGUCACUAAGCAGACCACCAGGACUCAUCACCACGAGGAGAAAGACGACGACGAAGUCCCAGACGAUGAAGCAGAAGGUAAAGACCUUCCAGCCGUCGAGAGGGAGACAAAACGAAACUUCGAAUACCUGCACGACGGAGCCGACAUCAAGGUUCCCGACCGAAUGCGCAAACAGAAAGACCUCCUGUACCUCCAGGCGACGUCUCCCGAACGACAUGACCCUGUCACAAGGCGGGCUUUGAGCCUCGAGGAAGAAGAGGAAAUACGAAACAGCGAGACAAACCGCUGGCUGGACAACCACUUCGGCUCGGAAACUUCGGACGACGACGUCGUGAAGAGCAAGCAUGGCGGUAACGUAAUCAACGUGAAGAUGACCGACACCAAGAGGACACCGACGCCGCCCGCCAAGCCACCCAGGGAGUCGCCGAAUCUCAUCUACACGACGCCGUACUUCAAGUCUCCCACACCGUCACCGACUCCACUUGAUUCGACACUCAGAAGCACCAAGUCACAGCAGAAGACGGCAUCCUACCGCCGGGAAGAGAAGGUCGACGACUCGAGGUCGACGCCGUACUUCAAGUCUCCCACACCGUCACCGACUCCGCUUGAUUCGACACUCAGAAGCACCAAGUCUCAGCAGAAGACGGCAUCCUACCGCCGGGAAGAGAAGGUCGACGACUCGAGGUCGACGCCGUACUUCAAGUCUCCCACACCGUCACCGACUCCGCUUGAUUCGACACUCAGAAGCACCAAGUCACAGCAGAAGACGACAUCCUACCGCCGGGAAGAGAAGGUCGAUGACUCGAGACAGUCUCGCGCCAGCCCGCGCUCGAACUGGAAGUCCAGCCCGUCUAUCUACCACGACGUCACGCGACAUCUGGACGAGUCACCGACGCGGUACACCAAGGUGGACCGCUCGUACCGGGAUCUCGAGAGCAGCUACAGGCCCGUGGAGAAAUCGGCCAUCGUCGGAAACAGCGUUUUCACCAAGGAAGACAGAAGGCUCAACGAAAGCCGGCGAGUCACGAGCGAAUACGACAGGGAGGUUAAGAAACAGCCGCCUCCGGAAAGGGCGACGUCGCCCGAAUCGCGACCCAUACAGAGGUCACAAUCGACGAGGACGCCCGAGAAGCCAGUUGCUCAACCGCCUACCUACACCUACAGCCUUCCGCGAGGCCAAAGCAGUCGCCGCGCAACGCGCGUUGACCAAGCGUCAAAGACCAGCCGCGGGGUACAGGCCGACCUGGAUGACGAGCCGUACACUCCUCCGAGCUCGCGCUACAUCGUGCACAGUGUGCGGGAGACUCAGAGCCUGCCCCGCCAUCAUCACCACCACCACCGACACCAUCACCACCACUCUUCCUCGUCCCACCACCGUCACCGCAGCGAGGAGACCGAACACCACCGGCGAAGCGGCGACCGAAACCGCAGCCCCGAGUCCAACAUCUCGACGGCGUCGAGGCCUUCCAAGACCUUCUACUUCGGUGACAAGACGGACACUAGCUACCACAACAGCCGCCACAAGGACGGCUACUUCACCAUCGAGAAGGACCGCUACGUGCAGCCGCCCCGGCGGUUCAGGUCGGACCCGCGCGAGCGCUACUACUCAGUCGAGGACCUCACGACCACCACACGGUCGUACGCGACAGCACCGACGCCUUCGGCCAAGAAGCCCAGCUUCAUCGACCGGCAGAGAUACUACCCGGCGACUCCGCCGGCGAGCCCGCCGCCGAGGCUCAUAAAGAUCACCAACGGCCGCUCCACGUCACCGUCCCCUCCCGAGUCGCCAAGGCCGACGUCGACGAGCCACCUUCUGCCUCCUCCGUCACCCUACGCGUCGCUCAAUCGCCGCUACCGCAGCCCAUCGCCUGUGGUGAACCCUCCUUCGUUCACGCCCCUCCAGAGUCCGGUCGAGGUCAAGCGGCAGCAGUCUACGAGCUCUUAUAGCCGAUCCUACCACCACAGGUCUGCCACGGCGGACUCGAGCGGCGCCAAGCCCGGUCCGAGUGUGAUCGAAGUCAGGAAUUGGGAUAGCCGAUGAAGCCUUGGUUUCUCGACGACGUCCUCGACACCCCGGGUGUUCAACUGAUAACGGAGUCGGAUCGUUUUUGAGUCCCGUUUCACGUGGGCUUCGCGUUGAGAACGGCCCCCACGCAAGUUCGCCUUGAAAUUACCACACUUGUUGCAUCUAAAAUCUUUAGGGCCUCCUCACGCAAGCUCGCCUAGGAAACCUUGGAAUAGAACGGAACCACACUGGUGCGAGCUUUGUUCGUAAAGGUUAGCUUGUUAGAAACUAUAGCAGUCUUGCUGUAACUGGUCACCGAGAAAACGGCGAGUUGUGUGAAAAUAUCUUAACAAGUUAUGGUUUGUACGCAAGGAUGCAUACAGUCUAGUGAAUACGACUCCGAACCCAGGACUUGAUAGUUUUGUUUCUUGUUUUUUUUUUCUGUUUUUAGGUAUAGAGUAGGUUAUGGAACUAAGCCUAAAGUGAUGCUUUACAUGCAUCGCCAUUUCACUAGAGUGGUAUCCGCGACGCUUCCGCAAUGACGUGGCGUUCAAGCUUUCUUACGUGCAAAGGAAUCAAACAUUUCGCUAAAUGAGAAUGAAUGUAAUUGACGCCUAAUGAAUCACUUAAAAUUUAACGAAAUGUGGAGGCGCGUUAACAUGUUUCGAAAGCCGACAAUCGCAGUUCGGUUAGCUAAGCGCAGAGCCUCCUAUUGUCUCCAGCAAGAGACUGAACUCUAACUGGAGCAUUAGUUCUUUCCCUCUGGUGACAGUUGAACGUUGAAUAGAUUGUUUAAUAUACUAUCUAUAACCAUAAGCCGUUUCACCAGAAUUCGAAAGCCUGUCCGAGAUUUUCUCUAAAGGACGAACUGAUUCGUAGUGAGAAAUGGAACAGUUAAAAAAUACUAAUAAUCGAAAAAAAAAACUACAUACGUUGCUGAGCGCGGAACGUAGGCUGACGCCACUCUCUCAUUUGUUCCAUACCCAUGUGCUCAAGGACAAAAGAAAAGGGUUGUGCCAAGCAUUUGCAUUUUCACUAGCUGAGCUAUUGGUUUUCACCAACAGUACGUUACCCAUGAAGCGGAUAAUGAAAAGUCUGAAGUGCCAUCGACAACAGUUACUUCGUUACCGGGUAGAAAUAUCGCAGACUAUCACGCUAAUUAACCUGAUUCUAGUUAUAACGUGUGAAUUUCUAUUGCUGUUUUUGUUGUUGUUUCUUAGAGCUUAUACUUACAUAGGUGCGUGUAUAGCACAGCCAAGAUCUGUUUUGGUUUCUUGGCAGCAGAUCGCACAGUCGAUGAUCUUGCUUUAUAAUUGCGCUACUUGUUAGUGUACAUAAAUAAAAAGAAAUAACGGUUUGUACAACUAGACGUGUGAAUGCUUCAAUCACGUUACAGUGAUGAAACACAGUUUUACAAUAAAAACGCAGCUACAACUACGCA